AUUUCAAGAUUUCUUACACAACUCUAUUUCCAUUGCUUCUUUCAAGAGAUAAGACAUGUCACUUGUUCUGAUCAAAGAGACACCCAGAUGGAAGAAGCUCUUGGGCUUCAUUGGCCCCGGCUUCUUGGUUUCCGUUGCAUAUCUGGACCCCGGAAAUCUGGAGACUGAUUUGCAAGCAGGUGCUGAACACAAGUAUGAGUUGCUUUGGAUCGUGCUUGUUGGAUUGACAUUCGCUCUCAUAAUACAAUCCCGCUCUGCAAAUCUUGGGGUCGCUACAGGCAAGCAUCUCUCAGAGCACUGUAGGAUCGAAUACCCCAAGCAGGUGAACUACUGUCUAUGGAUCCUGGCUGAGGUUGCCGUCAUUGCAGCGGACAUCCCUGAAGUGAUCGGAACGGCCUUUGCUCUUAACAUUCUCUUCAACGUACCCAUAUGGGCUGGGGUGCUGCUAGCUGGUUUGAACACCCUUCUCCUCCUUGCUCUCCAGAGAUAUGGUAUAAGGAAGCUGGAGUUUGCCAUAGCUGCACUCUUAUUGGUGAUGGGCAGUUGCUUCUUCGCAGAGAUGGCCCACGCCAAGCCCAAUGCAGUCGAGAUCAUCAAGGGGAUGUUCAUCCCUACAUUGAAGGGACGCCGGGCCACAAGGGAUGCCAUUGCACUACUCGGCGCCCUGAUCAUGCCGCACAAUCUCUUUCUACACUCGGCAUUGGUGACAUCUCGAAAAAUCCCUCACACAUUCCAUGGAAUCAAUAGCGCAUGUAGGCAUUUCUUCAUGGAAAGCGGGCUGGCCCUUUUCGUUGCAUUUCUGAUCAAUGUGGCUGUUGUAUCAGUCAGCGGCAGCAUCUGUUCUGAGCCCAACGUAUCAUCCCAAAUCAAAGUCGCUUGCAAGAACAUCACCCUCAACUCUGCAGCUUUCUUACUAAAGAAUGUAUUAGGAAAAUGGAGUUCCAAAGUCUAUGCUAUAUCGUUAUUGGCAUCUGGGCAGAGUUCUACAGUGACCGGAACGUAUGCAGGCCAGUACAUUAUGCAAGGAUUUUUGGAUAUAAAAAUGCAGCCAUGGCUGAGGAACCUACUCACUCGGUGCAUCGCCAUUGCACCAAGCCUGGUAGCAUCUAUCAUUGGUGGCUCCUCUGGAGCUGGAAGGCUUAUAAUCAUUGCUUCGAUGAUCUUAUCAUUCGAGCUGCCAUUUGCAUUGAUUCCUCUCCUCAAGUUCACAAGCAGCAGAGCCAAAAUGGGCGACCACAGCAACUCUAUGCCGGUUACUGCAAUUUCGUGGGCCAUGGGCUUCUGUAUGAUUGGUAUCAACAUGUAUUUCCUAAGCACCAUUGUCAUGGCCUGGUUGAUGCAUUACCGCUUGCCGAGGCCUGGUUCCAUACUAACCAUAGCCGUUGUGUUCCCAUGUGUAAUGCUUUACAUUGGAAUGUUGAUUUACUUAACAUUCCGAAGGGAGACUGCAGUAGCACGCUUGCCACCUUUUGUGAUGAACACGAUCAGAACCAAUCAGACCCAAUUAGAGAUGGGGACCGAUGUUGAUGAUGGCCCACAUGCCCAAGAGAUAGAGGAGGAUAUUGUCACUUGAGAAGUCCAUACAGGCAUCUAGCUUUGAACUGCCAAUGAAGGUCCACUAAUAAAUAAAUGAGAUUUAGAUGUCAUGUAGUAAUUUGUACGUGCAUGGGUGAUCCCUACUAAAUUUGUGAAAAUUAGAUGUUAGAUCAUGUAUGGCUUUUUAGGUGAAUUGGAUCAUGCACCAUGUUUUUAUAUUUAUUAGACUUUAUUGGUAAUUAUCCAAUGUGAAUGAAUGCAUGUGGAUGUGAUUGUAUCAAUUAUUUUUU